UUCACAUCGAGUCACACCCCAGCAGCAGCAUGGCGUCCGCCACGAACUACCUGAAACAAGGAUACGUCCCGUUUAGCGGGAAGCCGGAAGAUUUCCACGGCUGGAGUGGCCUGUUCUACUCCAUCAUGGAUGAGCAAGGAUUAGGCGACAUCAUGGCUGGGACGGAGACCGCCCCGGCAUCGGCGGCCAGCAGCGCGGAUUCGGAUCGUGCUGCGUUCGACAGGACGACGCUGGAAUUCAAACGUAAGAACGGCAAACUGUACACACGGUUAAACUUUGCUACGUCCGACUGCGCCGAUGGAUUCUCGAGCACUGCUUCCCAAGUCGUUCGAGCCUUCGGCCCCGCUCGCGUUGGUGAGCAUGGGGACGGACGUGCGGCAUACGUUGCCCUAGAAGCGAAGUACCGCCAGAAGGGCACCUAUCGGAUGCAUGAACUGCAGCGAGAGUUAGGAUCACUUGCGGUCACUGCCGAGGACGAUUACGACCCGGCGCGUGCAAUCCAAGACUUGCGUCGUAUCAGUUCCGAACUCGAGUCACUUGGAGACAAGGUCGUACCAGCCCGCCAGACGCAUAUCUUGUUGAACGCGCUUCCUGACCAGCACUACGCCCAACUUAAGGCCGCGCUGGUGUGCGGACAAGCCGAUGGCUCGGAGUUGGAUCUUGACUUCGAAAAUGUCGCGCACCGAGCGACCGCGUACCAUACACUGCAGAUCAGGGGGAAGGUUUCUGCCCACGGCCGUGCCCACAACACGGUCGUGCACGGGGGUGCACGUAGUUUCCGUAAGCAAGGCGGACGUGGCGGACGCGGCGGACGCAACCGCCAAGGCAAUGGCAGCCAACCGACCGGAGACAACGGCAGCAGCGGCUCCUCCGCCGGAAAUUCCAGAGGCGAUAGCCCUGGAGGCGCGCAAGAUGUGCGCGGGCGAGGCCGCGGCAACAAGUCCAAUAAAGGCGGAAACAAAAGUCACCAAAAGGGCCGAGACCGUCAGGGACGCUGCAAGUACUGCCACAACUCUACAGAGCACGGAUGGGACGGCUGCCCCCUUCGCCUGGAGAACGUGCGAGAGGAUAACGCCCAACAGGCGAAUGCCGCCGCGCCGGAACCGUCCACGCAGGCAUGGUUCACCCGAGUCGAGGAAUCCAGCGGUGAGCCGGAGGACUUUUCCAUCUCGUUUGGAGAACCGCAGGCACUGGAGAUGCCUGCCGCGGCGCUGCCGGAGAAGCGCGCCGCCGUGGGCGUGCAGGAAGGUCUUGUCAUCUACGAUCCGCAGGCACUGGAAAUGCCUGCCGCGGCGCUGCCGGAGGAGCGCGCUGCUGCUGAGGAGGAGGUGCCGGAGGCGCCUGUUGCGGCGCUGCCAGAGGAGUGCGCUGCUGAUGAUGCGCAGGUGCUGGAUGCGCCUGCUGUGGCGCUGCCCGAUGAGCGCGCUGCUGCUGAGAAGCAGGUGGCGGAGGCGCCUGCCGCGGCGCUGCCAGAGGAGCGCGCUGCCGACGAUGAGCAAGUGCUGGAUACCCCUGCUGUGCCGCUGCCCGAGGAGCGUGCUGCUGAUGCUGCUAGUGACGUUCAGGUGCAGAACCCGCUUGCUGAUGCAACAGAUAUAGUUGCCUACACCAGUGUGUACCAGGUUAAGGACGAGUCCGCCAGGAGCACCAUUAUGUUCGUAGACACAGCAGCGUCUAGCCACAUGGUUAGCGCGGAUUCCUACGCAUCUCGCCACGUGACCGAGAAGUCGGACUGCAACGUGAGGAUCAAAGGUUCGUGUGGAACGUCGAGCGCGGCUCAGAAAGGUAUCCUGCGUUUCGGCAUCUCAAACGACCGGAACCAACUCGUCCCGGUGGAGCUACAAGUACUACUGGUUGACAACCUAGGAGCGAACAUCCUCUCGGUCGGAGCCCUGAAGGAAAGGGGGGUGAUGUGCGAUCUUCUGUCUACUCCUCCAGCACUCCGUAGCAGCGAUCAGGCCUUCCCCAUCUCCACGGAGAUUUCGCGGAUGUACAGCGUGAACAUUGUCCUCGACGACAUGAGGAUGGACGGGACCGCGAUGCUGCUCAAGACGAAGGUGAAUGCACACAUGUGGCACCGGAGGAUGGGCCACUGUAAUCCGCGCGCCCUCCAGCAGCUGGCGAGGAAGGAGCAUUCUGGGGUUAAAUUUGACCAAAACAUCGAGUCUGGCGACUGCGAGGUAUGUGCUGUCGGCAACAGCAAGAAGUCUAGUCACCCACCGGCUAACCGACCUCGCGCCGGCACUCGUCUUGCGCUCUUGCACGUAGACACCUGGUCGCACUCCGUAAAAUCUCUCGGUGGACACAAGGGUGCGGUGAUGUUCACGUGUGACAAUACCCGCAUGAGGUUUGGUUUUCCCAUCAAGAGCAAAGAUGCAGCUGCUGAGGCGCUGGAAACUGUUGUCAAGGAGGAAGCCGACCCGGAAGGACUGUGUAUCACCACGCUACACUGCGACGGAGGGGGCGAGUUCAAGGGAAGGUUCGCGGCGCUGGCAGCAUCACUUGGAAUCAAAAUCGAGACCAACGCCCCGUACAUGCCUCAAGGCAACGCCGUCGCCGAGCGUGGCUUUGGCACGGUCGCAGCCAUAACGCGGCGCCUUCUUCUUGGGGCACCUCAUCUACCGGAGAGUCUGUGGGCCGAAGCGUUCCAAUACGCGAUCUAUAUACUGAAUCGCACGCCUACGGACGUCUUGGGCGGCAAGGCACCACUUGAGGUAUGGGAGAACAAACCGCUUGGCAGCUUGCACCACAUCCGCGAAUUCGGUUCGGUAUGCUUUAAGCACGUGGAAGCGGGGGACAGGCCCAACAAACUGGCUGCCAGGGCUGAGAAGAUGUUUCUGGUCGGUGUCAACCCUAAAAGCCGGUCGUGGAGGCUAUGGUCCCCUCGUGACAAGUUUAAGAUCACCAACUCCGCCGAAGUUUCUAUUCGCGAGAAAGCCCCGCGCGACGUGGUUCCCCCCAAGGCAGGGCAUGAUCCGCUGCCAGAGACUCCAAUGAUUUACCAUCCCGGUCCGGAAGAGUCUGAUGACGACGUCGACAGUGUGGUGGAGCCACAAGACGAGCAGAAGGAUAACGAGCCGGAGCCCACGCCUCAGGCGCAAGAGCCGGGCCCCCGUCGCAGCACCAGGAACCCCAAGCCGACUGAACGUCUGAACCUGUUUACCUUUGCCACGGAGGAGGAGGCCUUCGAGCAAGUGGAACGCUCCCUGCUCACCGGAAGCUCGCUUGGCAACAACGGGACUGGCAACCCUGGCGAAGUGGGCUACAGGGCUCCCGACCCUUCGAGCUACGACGAAGCGAUCCGUGGGCAGGAUGCUCUAGACUGGCAAGAGUCCAUGCGGAACGAAAACCAGUCGCUUGUCGACCUUGAUGUGUACGACUGGGUCGAGCCGCCGACGAGUGCCCAGGACCAGCCGAUCCCGUCAAGGUACCUUUAUAAGCGGAAGUACAAGAAUGGCGAGCUUGCUCGACUGAAGAGCCGCGUUGUGGUCCAAGGCUUUCACCAAGCAGACACGGGCGAGGAUAAAGCGGCGCCUGUGGCGUCCAUGGAAUCCGUCCACCUGCUGAUUGCUAUCGCAGCCAAGAAUGGUUUUGGCCUGAAGCAAGCCGAUAUCAAGACGGCAUUCCUCCACGCGCGGGUUCCUGCAAAUGCGAAACCGAUCUACGUCAUCCCUCCGAAAGGGUUCGAGUGCUCUCCGGAACAACAGGGAAAAGUGUGGCGACUCAAGGCGUGGCUCUACGGGCUGCGCCUCUCUCCGAAGGGCUGGAACGGCACCUUCCACGACUUCCUGCUGGAGAUCGGGUUCGUUCAGAGUACGGCGGACCCCUGUCUCUACAUCCUUAACGCGGGAGGGGUCCUCCUUCUCGUGUACGUCGACGACAUUCUUUUGUCGGGAAGCGACGAAGCGCAGGUGAUGCGGGUCGUCGAGCAGCUGAAGGAGCGGUUCGACACAGUGUUCCUGGGAGAUGCACAGUUCCUGCUCGGUAUGGCACUUGAGAGGAACGUCGACGCCGGAACGAUCUUCCUGUCGCAGGAGAUGUACGCGAAGGCCGUACUUGACAAGUUCGGAAUGGCCGACGCGCACUCUACGAAGACGCCUGCGGAGGCUGGGCCUAUCAGCACCGUGGAGGAGAAGGUUUUGUCUCCAGAGGACACGGUGUACUUCCGGUCCGCCACGGGCAGUCUCCUGUAUCUCAGCAGGGGUUCGAGGCCGGAUAUUACCCACUCGGUGAUGGUGCUUACGAAGAGCAUGGCGAAACCGGGUCCCAAGGCGAUGGCAAAGCUGAAGCGGGUUCUCAGGUAUCUAAAAGGGACAACCACUAUCGGGAUCACAUACACCGAAGACGCCGACGGCGGAGACAAGCUAACGGCGUACGCGGAUUCUGACUUUGCCGGUGACCAAGACAAGGGCUACUCCACAACCGGUGUCGUUCUCUAUCUCGCAGGUGGCCCAGUGAUCUGGAUAGCCAAGAAUCAAACGGUGCUGGCCAUCUCCACGUUCGAGGCAGAAGUCGUCGCGCUGUCCAAGGCGUGCCUCAUGGUUAUACAUUUUCGAAAUUUGCUAGAGUCGUUGAAGAUGAAGCAGAAGCAAGCAACAGUAUUGUACGAGGACAACGCGGGUGCCGUAGCGUUCGCAAAGGGUAGCAAAAUCACGCCCCGCACGAAGCACAUCGACGUGAAGUUCCACCACGUCCGGCACCUAGAGGACCAAAACGUGGUAGAUGUAACUUACAUCGACACCAACAGGCAGAGGGCAGACAUAUUGACCAAAAGUUCGGGAGCUGUGAAGUUCCUGCAGAACCGCCUUAUUUUGCUUGGAGUGGCGGAGACCAACAACGAGGCAAAGCUUAGGAAUGUUCGCGCUGCGGAAGAAAUCGAGCACGUCCGGCAGCAGGAAAACCUUCAGGGAAGUCGCACGGCCCAAACCUCAGAUACGAGAAAUGCAACGCAAAAUAUCCUCACCCAGGCGGCUAACAUGGACAUGCAAAUGUCCAUCCAGCAUGACCGCAUCAAGAGCGCCAAGGUCGAGCAGUUGCAGAGGAAGAAGGAGAAACUGCAGAAGGACGAGGACAAGUUCCGGGGGCUCGCGAACGUGGCGUGGAUUGCGUUCCCGGUGACGGCGAUCGUGGCUGAGGAGAGGGAGAGGAACGCCCAGCGAAAGAUCAACGAGGUGGACGCUGAGCUUCUGACCCUCACCAACGUCAACGUCCACAGAAGCUUCGCGAUCUCCGACUCGGUCAGCGCUACCAACCAUGACCGCCGCUGCACCGGGACCGUUGACCCCCAGAUGGAAUCGGUGUACGCUGCACCCCCCCCAGGGUCGACUGUCACCACCACGAGCCGUUCGGCCGCCCCGCCGAACUAUCACGACUUUGUGGGUGGUGUUACCCAGGUCCAUAUCCAGUAG